UGCAGACUUCUUAAUCUUUCAUAGAUACCUCACACAUUCAAACAAUUCACCUUUAUUGGGUCUUUCCAAAAUAUUAAACAUAGAUUUUAAAGAAACAACAAACUUUAUUUCUACACUGUUCAAUUGGCUUACAUAACAUUUAGUUAAAUUAUGAAAGCACAAUAACAAGUACAACUGGCAUGAACAGGUUCAGGAAGAAACAAGUAACUCACUGUCAGAUGGUACAGGUGAGCUGGUAGGACAGAGAUGGGCAGAGCCACGAGAAAGUAGCUUCUUAACUAUUGAGCAUUGAGCUAGAGCUUUCAGCAUGAGGGGGAAUUAGCAGCUUAUGAUUUACAAAGGAAAUAGAAUGAGUUAAUUGUCAGAGGUUAAACGUAAUUAGACUUAGAGGUUGUCUACUGUAUCGUCUACAUUUUAAUUCUUUGACUAUUUCCUUCAUAUAGACUUACAGCAUUUGAGGGCAGAGAUAGUGCCUGUGUUAGGGGGAACCAUUGGGGAAAUCCACAUUCUUAUGUCACCAUGUAAAUCAUCUCAUGAGAAUACGUGGGAUUAAAAAAAAAUGAACAAUCAUUUUUAAGCCAUUUACACUAAGGUUUAUGGGUACUUCCAGAAAAGGACAUAUAUAACAUUGCCCAUUUUCUUGUGAAAAGCUGUGCUAGUUUCCUAAGGUUGCCAUAACAAAUUACCAAAAUUGGAUGGCUUAAAACAACAAAAAUGUGUUCAUUAUCUCAUAGUUACGGAGGCAGAAGUCUCAAAUCAAGGUGCUAUCAGACCCAUGUUCCCUUCAGAGCUUUUCCUUGCCCCUUCCAGCUUCUGGUGGUUUUAGGUGUUCCUUGGCUUGAGGCUGCAUUACUUGAGGCGCUAAGGCUCCGUCCAUACAUGGUCUACUUUCCUGUGUGUCUGCGUCUCAAAUCUCUAUCAUUCUCCUAUAAGCUCAGUGUGGAAAUAAAGGCCAACCAUAUGAGAACAAGCAAAGGCUCUUCAGAGCUUGCUGGAACAAGGGAGUCAGCCACCAUCACUUGUGUUUUGGCAGAGAAUCAAAGGCAAGCAAGCAGAGAAGUGGGCAAGUUUUCUAGUGGGAAAAAAGGAAAUGUUCAUAUAGUGGGAAAAACCUCCCCUGAUUGGAGGCUUUUGACAUGGGGAAGCUGUAGGUUGGCUAAUCCUAUGUGAUUGGUUAAGGGUGCAUAUUUGGCUUUCUCUGGUUGGUCCCAAGUUGGAAGUAGGGACAAAAAUUAGGGAAGCUGUCAGUUAUUAACCAAGCGCUGGCCAUUUUGGGUCAACUGUUACAUGGGUUAUUGUUUAGCUCCUGGAUUAUUAGAGGUAGGGGCCUGACUUCCUGCAAGUCUGACUUACGGAUAGCAGGCUGGCUUCCUGAACUGGUUAUUGCAGCAUUCAGAAACUUUAAUCUCAUUGCCUAGCCAGAGAAGAGUAUGCUUCCUAGAUUCAGCAGGUUCUAAGACAUUGAUAUAUAACAGAAAGGUGAACCAAAAGGGCAAAAGAGACACAGAAGAAUGUCAGGCAACAAAGAAGAGAGUCAAGGAGUUCUCGAAGAAGCUCUGGCUAAAGAUGCCACAUCUUCAUUAACGGAUGCUGUAAAGCAAGUUGCAAAGCAGCAGCAGUCACAAACAUCAGAAAUAGAGAAAAACAAAAAAUUUCUGUUUCAUUUGCAGAAUGAACUUCAUGAACUGGAAAAACAAAGAGCAUCUGUCUUUACAGAAACUAAAGAAACAGAAAGGCAAAUUUAUCAGCAAGAUGUUGCCAUAGAGAAUAGCAAAUUGCAGUGUGAAAACCUGGAAACGCAAAUCAAAUCCUUACAUACAGAAAAUGUAAAGCUUAAAUUUGACAUAGAAGCAACCCAAGAAGAUUUUGAGGAAUGCAUGAUAAGAUAUAAUGAAUACUAUGCAAAAAUAAAAGUGUAUAAAGAUAGUUUGGAGGCAGAAGCAAGCAAAUGGUCAUUUAUGACGGAACUCCAUGCAAAACGAGAGCUUGUUAAAAAACUGAAGACAAUGAAAGAGGAACUCAGGCAAGAUCUCCAAAAUCCAGAAGGAAACCGGAUAAAACAAGUACAGGAAGAUAUUUCAAAGCUAAAGAAUAAUAUUAUAACUAUAAAAGAGUCUAUCAUUGAAAAAGCUUGUUUUCUGGAGGAAGAAAAAAAAACACAUGAAAAAUUAAGAAGAGAAAUAGAGGUACAACAUAAGAGAUAUGGUGCAAUUCUUAAGCGUUUGCAUUGUCAGGUGAACAAGCUUCAGUCAAAUAGAAGACAGUGGCAAUGGAACAUUCAACAACUAGAACAAACAGCAGCUGAACUAAGAAGAUGCAUUGCAAUGAAAGAUUAACGUGUCUUUAGGGCAUUGCAGAGCUCAGAGUAUGCCAACAAAAUUACGGGACAGAAUGUUGAGAAAUGCUUUGGAUUCUUUCUUUUUAAAUUUUACUUAUUUUUAUUAAAGUAUAAUUGACCUACAAUAUUAUAUUUGUUCCAGGUGUACAACAUAGUGAUGUUACAUGUACAUACCUUAACGAUGAGCAUCCACUAUCAGAGGUCUGUCUUAAUGACACGUAUAUUUUUACUUUUUUUAAUAAGCCAUUGUUUGUUAACGUGCCUUCCAACACUACAGCUGAUGGCAGUGGAUGGACAAUAGGAAUGCUUGCAGAAGAAUUGUGGGCAACUCUCUGAAUACUUUUUGUGUGUAAGAUGUACUCGUGAAUGCCUAUUUAUAAAUAUGUUGCCUUUACGAUUAUAUGAAGUAAAAAUUUAGAAGAAAAGAAACACUUGCAUUUACAAUGAUUUAAACUGUUAAGAUAUUUAAAUAGUUGUCUGUUUCAAACUUUUUAUUAGAAUUUGUUUUUUUUUACUACUGUCUUCACAGUAGUCCAUAAAUAUUCACAUUUACAAUAAUGUUGUUAUAUGUUCAAUGUCUCAGAUAUUUUUCCUAGUUUUCCCUUCCAUACAGAAGGUAGCAAUCAUUUUUCUUCGCUAUUAGGUAACAUUUUUAGAAUGUUGCAAAGUAUAAAUUUUUUUGUUCAUGUUUCUGUCUAUAAAUUCUUUAGUAUUAAUCUACGACUAAAAUAACAUCGUGUAAGGCAAGCAUACAAGCUCUUAAAAGAAGUGUUAACCAGUAUAGACUAAGUACUUUUUUUCAUUAAAAGGCAAAUGCUAUGUCCAUGGCAACAAAUCAGAAUUUAACUUGUCCCUUUUAAGAUAAAAGUGCUCCUUCUCAUGGCUCCAUUGAAUCAAAUUUUAGGAGCAGAAACAGAACAUUAAUUAUUGAGUUCAUGUUUUUUUUAUUUUUAUUUUUAAAUUAUAGUUGAAAUUCAAUAUUAUAUUAGUUUCAGUUGU